CCCGACUACCAAUAAGGAGUCGGAUCGCAUCGUUCACUUCAAAGAAUCGGAUCUAAGAGCCAUUUCGUUCGCGACCGACCCAUCACUACUUGCCAGCCAAUUCCAUGAAAGGAGCGUGCUGACGUCUUAUUUCGGCGCCCGUUGGAAAUGUUUUUAAUAGCCUUAGCCGUCUAUAUCCGACGAUCAACUUAUGCUGUCUUACUUUAAAUCAAACGCUGAAGUCGUACCCAGACUUGGAAUGUAAAAUUUGUAAUCUGUAUGAAAGUCAAAUGACUUCCGCGAUUAUAUGUGCGAUAAACAUCCUCACCAGACCUCUUAAAGAGGUAUCUGCACAUGAGGCUCAACCGUCACAUCAGGAGGUCCUUCUGGCAGCUCUGCGGGCCAACCGGGCCCAUCUCCUGGAGCAACUUCAAAGGGAGAGCAACUUUGAGGUUGUGAAGAGGCUAAGGGAGGAGGUUAAGGCAACAGCAGAUUGGUUCUGUGCGGAUACAGAUGAUGCCACAUGGGCUUUUGUCCAGGAAUGCCUCCUGCUGCUACUCACGUUAUCACGUCACCUUUCUGAUGAACUGGAGCGUUUCCAACAGGAUCAAUCUUGCUUGGCACCAAAAAGUCGUACCCCUGAGAUGGCCCCACCUUUAGCCCCUGACAUCCUCAGCAUCACCCAGCAGAAGACAAUCGGAGCUGCUCUGCAGUUUGUGGUUUGUCUGGGGCUCUGCCCAUACUUGGCCCCUGGAGUGGGUGUCCCACUAGGACGGAGGUCAGCUUUUGGAGCCAUGGUGGAAAAACUAGUCCAUGUGGGCCCGGUGUCUGGAAUGGCACGCCGCCUUCUUACCACCACUAAGGUCCUGUUGGAGCUGGCAGAGUUAUCGUCUCUUGCCACACUCGUGUUCACCCGAUAUCUGGGAGACAUUAUUGCAGCAAUAUGCCAGCUGGGAUACAUGCCACACCACAAGGAUGAAAAGCUGCUCAGUGCUGAGGAAUGUCAAACAUGUAAGGAGACCCUCAAGACCCUCCUUGGAAAAGUGUACCAGCCGAUUGUCAUCAAAGAGCUCCUUAUUCUCCAAGGAGGAGCCAAACAGUCUGGUCCAGUUCAGAGCUCCAGUGGUUGCAGCUGCAGGGCUCCAGCUUGGCUGAGGCGUCUGUGUGGUCAGCUGCUGUCUGAGCGACUGAUGCAGCCCAGUGGUGUGCAGGCUGUUAUCAGAGCAAUUCUGGAGGGUGGCACAGGGGGUGAGUCAGACUGGAGGAAAUGUGAUGCUGUGGCAAAGAUCCUCAUUGCCUGCCCUCAGCAGUCUGCCUCAGCUGACGCCUACUUCAGACACAUCUGCCCUCAGAUCCUUGAACUCCUGCACUUCAAAGACAAGCUGACAUCCCGUCAAUUCCAGCUUGUGGCCACCAGGGCGGUGCUCUUUAUGGUGCAAGAAAGAUCUAGCUUUGCCGAAAAGUACCUUCUCAGCCCUCUGCUUGCUGCACUGCACCAUUGCACCACUAUCCCCAGUGAGUGUGAUUCCCAAACUGCUGUGGAAGAGUCAGAACUGACACAGUGUGUGGAAGAUGUAUACAAGGUCUGCAUGGUUGAAAACACUCCCUCAGCUUCUCUUCUCAGAGCUCUAGAAGAAGUUCUUCCUGUUAUCUUCACACUCUUCUGUUUUACCAAGAAGAAUGUUUCUCACCUCCGCGCCCCCUGUCAGGAGAUCUUGCUGUGGUACUUGACCCACGCUGAGAUGUCUGCAGCCUUGUCAAUGCUGAGGCAGCUUUCAGGUCUCCAGAGAGGGAAUAACCAGGUGGCAGCAAACUUCCACUUCACUGCUGGCAGUGAAGGAGGGGCCAGGCUCAGCUGCAGAGAGAGCUGCAGUGACGAAGAUGAUGAGAUGUAUGAGAGACUGUCAGGGGACCAGUGGAGAGUGGAGUGUCUGAUGCACCUGCUGGCUGAGCUCAAAGACUGUGAUCUGCCAGGAGACUUUUUCCUUGACCUGCUGCAGGAGCUCACCAGCUGGGCCGUUGCAGAUGAAGAAACAAAGGAUGAAGAAGAGGUUGACAUGUCGGCCAUGACGCUGCUGGAAGUGGAGCAGCAGCUACUGGGUCGAGCUGAGAAACAAGCCCAAAGACUGGCUUUGCUUCAUGUACUGGCUACGAUGGUUGAGUCCCUGCAGCACGCUCAUCUCCUGAGAAAAACAACACAGGUUGUGGACUUUAUGAUGUCUCUGCUCCAGAGGGCCUGUGCGGGCCUGGAUCAGACCGCUGGGCUGAAUGCUGGCAGUGCAGCAGAGAGCCAGACACUGAGAAUGGGGAUGGGUCUGGUGUCUGCGCUGUUGUCUGAGCCUCAGUUCAGUGUGGAGGACUACUUGUCGAUGUCAAAGCUGCUGCCACCUCUGGAGAUACUCUCUCAGCAGCAUCCUGACGUGAUUAUUCAGGAGCUAGCGUCCAACCUGAGAGUGGUCAUUGCCACUCACGGGGCGUACCGCCCUGACGGCAGCAGUGAGGCUAUCUCUGUCACUGACGCACCGCCCCCCAGAAACCAUAAAACAGCUGUAAAAAAUGUAGUGAAAGGUGAAGCAAACGACUCUCAUAAACCUGCCCAAAGCCAUGAAAGACUUACAGCAUCUUCUGGAGGGUCAGGAAUAAGUCCAGGAUGUGAAGGACAGAUCUCUGGCUCCAGUGACUCUUGCCCUCCUUCCAAGCCCAUCUCUGACUGGCUGAUAGAAGCAUGUGACCCAGACGUGCCAACAAGAGCGUACGCCCUGAGGGUACUGACACAAAUGGUGCAACAUAGAAACCCAGAGGCCAUCCAGGCGCAGGAGAAAAUCCUGACGCUCUUCUUAGAAAGCCUGGAGCAUGUAGACUCAUUCGUCUACCUGUCAGCCAUUCAAGGUCUGGCUGCAUUGGCUGAUUCCUACCCUGACAAAAUACUGGAACGGCUCCUAAAAGACUUCCAACAUGGACCCUCCCUCCUUUCCUCCAGCAAAGAGCGCUCCGUGGAAACCCGCCUUAAAGUGGGAGAGGUCCUGAUGAGGACAAGCAGGGCCAUGGGAGAACUAGCUCCCCACCUUGGCCGUCCUCUGGUGGGCAUCUUCCUGCGAGAAUCCAGAGACCCUGACCAAAGCAUCCGGGCUAGCAGUCUGUCCAACCUGGGGGAAAUCUGUCAGAGACUGGACUAUUCCCUGGGGUCACUAGCUCAAGAGAUUAGCUCCUGUCUGACAUCACUGAUAAAGACGGAGAAGGAGGCAGAGGUGAGGAGAGCUGCUGUCCACGUUAUUGCGUCGCUGCUCCGUGGUCUUGGGGACAAAAGCACACAGGUUCUCAGUGAUGUUUUGUUGGACCUGUACCGAGCUCUCAAAUGGGUGGUUAACUCUGACCUGGAUGAGGUAUCUGUGCUUCAUGCCCACCUGGCUCUGGAGGAGCUUGACGACAUAAUGAGGAAGUUCAUCUUCCCUGAGCAGAAGCUGGAGAAGAAGAUUGUCGUCCUACCAUAGAACUAAUUUCCGUGGGCUCUUUGCACUACAAUUUAUGCCUCCGUGUAAUGUGGAUUAAGUCUUCAGAAAUGUGGUUGACCACAAAGAGCAGAAAAUCCUACAUCCAUGCAUACCAAGGACUGUGACCUAGUGUACCACCCUAUUCCACAAUAAAUUUUUAAGCAUA